AUGUAUUUUUGCCAGAGCCGGACGGAAUAAUUGAUCAAACUGCUGCAGGACGGGAUCAGGAUUCGGAGACGGAUUUGGCGAGGAUAACACGCAACGAUGAGCUUGCCCAGCGCCAGCAGUCACGGCCACGCUGCGUCGCCCGUCUACAGUAACAGCACCAGCAACAGCAACAACAAAUCGUCGGCGGGCAACAAAAAGUCGUCCUCGAAAAGCGAUUUGCUGCGCUGCGCCGUCGGCCUUCUGCUGAAGCAGAAAAACUACGUGAGCAACGAGAGGUUUCGACGCUCGGACUUCCUGCUGCUGCAAAAUAAACAGCAGUUCGCGGUAAACAAGAUGCUGGACACAGAUUUGCACGGUGGGAAUAGCUUCACCUACUCGAAUGUCCAGGUGAUCACGAAUAACCAGCACACGGUGGAUCAGCAGUUCGGGCGCUUUUCGACGUUCGUGGAGGCCCAGGCGGAGCCGCUGCGUCUGGAGAUGAAGCGCUUCUACGGUCCCAUGUUGUGCCACUUCUAUCUGGAUCUGCUAAAGGCGCGCGAACCUAGGGGAGCUGUGGAGUUGCUACGGAAAUAUGCACACUUGGUGGCCCCCGUCGAUAUGUACGAUGCACCACCGCCCACCAAGAUCAACGGCUGCUCAACGACGACCAACGAGUCCACCUUCAACAUACGCUUUGCCCGGGAAGCCCAGAACACGGGGGACACGGAGCUGGACUACUUCAUGCGCCUGGUGCAAACCCUAAGCGGUUAUACUCGGCUAGAGGCAGCCGAGUUGGAUGAGACAGUGGCUCAUUUUCGGUCCUCCAAGUACGAACUGCAUACCACAGCCCAAGUGGUGGACAGGAUAUGCGGCUAUCUGCAGCGGCGUGGCCAUGUUCUGAUCAUGAACCUACUUUACACAUGGGUGCAUGUUCACAUCGUGGAGAACGAACAGCGCGCCUUUAGUGAGGAUCACCUGCUUGGCUUGACGGAUGAUUUGGAAGGUGACGAAGCUGAGGAUGAUGUGGUAUCAAAACCAACGCCUACACUCAGUACCCGCGCAGACAUCAAGCCAGGAAAGUCUUUGACUGAGAAGACCAACCGCAAGCGACCCGCUGAGGAGCCAAACAUUAAGCUAGAAACGGACAUCAAGCAGGAGAUCGAUGCGGAUGGGUCUGCGGAGCCUAGCAAAUCGCAACUAAAUAUAGACGCCUGCCUGGACACCCUCAAAUCAGCCACUGAACAGAUACUCAAGGCCCAGGUGGAGCUGCCACGAUUUCUCAAAAUCAGCGAACGUUCCCGUGGUCUCACCUCCGCCCAUCUGGAUCCCAGUGAGUGCCACCUAUUAGCCGGCUUCGACAACUCUGCCGUGCAACUGUGGCAGCUUAACCAAAACAGCUGCCGCGGCAGGAGCUUCUAUAGACGCUAUCCGCAGUCGAAAUGCCCCUGGGAGCUGAACAACUGCGUUAAUGAGGAGGAGAUGGAAUCGGACGAGGAGGAAGGCAGUGACGACGAUGUAAAGUGCUCUGAGGAUGAGCGAAGAGAUCGCAGCAGGGCGAGACAUUGCAAAUAUGCUGACAACUCAUACAACGAAUACGGUGGAUUGCAGCUGCGAGGUCACACGAGAGGCGUCACCGGCGUGCGCUUCUCCGCCCACUACCCACUAAUAUACAGUGUGUCCAAGGACGCCACCAUGCGGUGCUGGCGAGCGCACAACCUGCACUGCGCCGCCAUUUACAGAAGUCACAACUACCCGAUCUGGUGCCUGGACGAGAGUCCGGUGGGCCAGUACGUGGUCACGGGUUCCAAGGACCUGAGUGCGCGCCUCUGGUCCCUGGAAAAGGAACAUGCGCUUAUCAUUUAUGCGGGACACACGCAGGACGUUGAGUGCGUUGCCUUCCACCCGAAUGGCAAUUACAUAGCCACCGGGUCGGCAGAUCACUCAGUGCGCCUGUGGUGCACCACCAGCGGGAAACUGAUGCGAGUCUUCGCGGACUGCCGGCAGGCGGUGACCCAGCUGGCCUUCAGUCCGGAUGGCAAGAUGUUGGCCGCCGCCGGUGAGGAGACCAAGGUGCGGAUCUUCGACCUGGCCGCCGGAGCCCAGCUGGCUGAGCUCAAGGAUCACACGGCGAGCAUUAGUUCUCUGUCCUGGAGCACGCACGACCGGCAUCUGGCCACAGCCUGCACCGAUGGCACCCUGCGGUUGUGGGACAUCAAGAAACUAUCGCCCAUGGGCGACAACAGUAGUGCUGGAAGCUCUUCUUCAGCUACAACGAAUCGUGUACUAACUCUCAAUAGUUCCUGCCAGCGUUUGGUCGAUGUUUUCUACGGGCGCAGCAAGACGCUUCACUGCAUCGGCACCUGAAUGAGACGGAUGAAACUGCAGACCGAAUGAAUUUUCAUUUUCUGAUGGUUUAUGUUUGAAAAUAAUUUAUUUGUAAUAAGUCUGUAUAAUAUUACUGUUACUACCAUGUGAAACAA